AUGGGAUCAGACUUGCAGCGCCUGAAUCACCUGGCAGCAGAUCCGGAACUCGCAGCAUAUGUGAAAGUCAUCAGCAUUGCUGACGAUAGCGAGUUGGUGGACCCAUACGCCUCUUCGGAGCUGCCAAUGAAUACGGCCUAUCAUAUCUGGCCUCGUUAUGAAUCUGGUAAUAUCGACUUAAGUCAGCUCGAUGUCACGGCCGUCCAGAGUGUGUUACGGCAGAAGCUGAUCCAGCCGCAUACGAUCCUGACUCGGGACUAUCGCAUCGAAGCUGCGAAUUUCAAAUUUUGCUCAGAGAUGGACAUCGUACAAAGUUUGUUGAAGCCAACAGGCGACGAGUCAUCCCAUGGGAUUACUGCUCUCAAUUUCGCUCGAGAAGUCAUCGAAGGCGGCGAUCUGGCCAUGAAGUCGAUAAAGUACAGUCAUAUCGGCGCUCCAUUUUCUCAAAGCUCUCCACUACACCUGCCACGCUUUGCACAAAGUGGUCAUUCAUUCGCUCUAGGAUCGUCCCGAGUAUCAGAAUUGCGAAUUGACUUCGCACCCGAUAAGCAAGGACAUGGCACCGGGUUUACAAUGCUGCGAUCCGCAGACCUGCGUCUAGAUAGGGGAAACUGCACAUACUGGCUCGAGCAGAUUUUCUAUCAUGCUGCGAGUCUCCGGGACUUGAACAUCUCAAUCGAGAGAUUUCCUGGGUACGAAGCGAUAUCCGCGGACAGAGUCAUCCCAAAUCUGGAAUCCUUUCGCCUUUCUCACACCAAGCUUCCUGCGGACUUGAUUUGCACUUUUCUGGCAGCUUCGGCGAACAGCUUGACUCAAUUGCACCUCGUUCAAGUUACGCUUGUAGCGGAUUCCACCUGGCUGGAACUUUUAUCUAUUCUGGCACGUCGGCUCCCGGCGCUAGAACAGUUUACACUGGGCAUGCUGGGAGAAGAAGGAAGCGUGGGCAAUAUGGCGGUUGACUAUCGCGAGCUGCUGUCCAAAGUGCACUUCGAGGAGCAGUAUCAUCCUGGCCUGAAACUUGUUGUAAAAGGACCAGCAGAGAAGAAGAGGGUGGCUCGGCUCUCAUACAAAGGACCAAACGCAGCUGCAGUCCUGAGGUUUGUGGCAAAGCAUAGGAGGCUUGGUGUCCCUAACACAGGGGUCGCCGUGGCAUAG